UGUUCAUGUAACAAGAUACCUGUUAGUCUGUAUCCUCGUGGAAGGUCUACUGAAUAUCGUUAAUUCUUUAUUCCGUAUUUACGUAUGAUAUAAUUAAAAUAUUAAGUAAAGAUUGUAGUUUAAGGUACACAUUUUUUAAAUUUAAAUAUUUAUCCGUCAUUACUCUAAAUUAUAAACUGUAUGCAGUUGUAAAUAUUAUUUAAAGUGUUAUAUUAUUUAUCUUUUAUUUCUUUUUUCUUUUUUUAAUAUUAAAAACGAUUAAUCUAUUCUAUGUGAAAUCAUUGAUGUAGCUAUCGUUAACGUUAUUUCGAUUGGAUUAUAAAAAUGCGACAACAUUGUGACUAUGAAGACCAUCAGUGUAUAUAUAUGACCUACAAUUGAUCAGUCCGAAAAAAUUUCUCGAAAUAAGAAAAAUGCGAAGUGCAUAACAUCAAAGAGAUGUAAUUUUUCAAUAUCCAAGUUUAUGGCUUCGAGCAAUUAUUUUGUACUUCAAAAGAUUGUACGUGGAAAUAAUUAAACUCGUAAUGUGGAGUCGGAAAUCCGUAUUCAUUGUGCUAUCAAUUUGUAUCGUACAGACAAACAGUAUUCAAUGGCUGGGCAUGCAGAAAGCGGCCGGCAAAGUGGACUGGGACGAGGUGGGCGUUUGCCGGACGUUGCGCAAAACGUACGGGCUGGACUCGCGUCAAGCACGGAUCUGCAGGUCUUGGCGCCCGGUCAUGCAGCACAUUUCCCGGGCCGCCGCGCUAGCCGUGGUCGCCUGUCAGACGGUUUUGCAAAACAGACGGUGGAACUGUUCGUCGGUACGAGUCGCGCCGAGACUCACGCCGGAGCUGGUCAAAGGCACCAAAGAACAGUCGUUCGUGUACGCGCUCAGUUCGGCCGCGCUCACGUACACCAUGACCCGGGAUUGCGCGUCCGGCGCGUUGUCCAGCUGCGGCUGCGGCACGCACCCGGACGAGACGGACGGCACGUUCAAGUGGAGCGGGUGCGACGAUAACGUGCGGUGGGGCGCCAAGUUCGCCAGGCAGUUCGUGCGGACCGAGAAGACGGCGGCGGGCGAAUAUGACGGCGGCGGUGGCGGCGGCGAUGCGGACACGCCGCAGCAGCUGGCCAACGCCAAUGACGAGGCGGUGACGCGCGAACAGAGAGCCAUGACCAUCGUGGACGAGCACAAUUACAAGAUCGGACGGAAGGUGGUCAUCUCUAGUGCUACUACACAUUGCAAGUGUCACGGUAUGUCGGGGUCGUGUAACGUGAAAACGUGUUGGAGAGGCCUGCCGGACAAAUUUAUAGGGGUGGGCCUGACGCUGCUAAGACUAUACAACAAAACGCCGGUGAAAGUGGAAAUGAUUCAAGUCAUUCGGCACGGGCUGCCCAAGCACACGAACAAUUCAUUGGUGUACAUUACAGAGUCUUCAGAUUAUUGUAACUACAAUCCGAAAGCAGGCAGUUAUGGGACGGUAGGCAGAAAAUGCAACACCACAACAAUCGGCACAGAGAAUUGCCACACUAUGUGCUGUGGCCGAGGUUACAAUACUCAAAUCGUCGAGCAGACGGAGCGUUGCCAGUGCAAAUAUCAUUGGUGCUGUUAUGUGAACUGUCAAAACUGUACUAGUCUAGUGAAAAGGCAAAUUUGUAAUUAAUUGUGAUGACAUAUUGUAUUACGAAAAGUAUACAUAAAUAAAUACAUGCUUUUUUUGUCAAUAAACUAUAGUUUAUAUAUAA